UCAGGGCAAACGCAGCUGCCCUCGUAAUCCCAACACUCCGGCGCUUUGUUUGAACAAACCACUGGUGCACUCGGAGCUUGGUACCCCACGAUUUGGACCGAUCUUAGCUCCACACCAAUACGAUUCCAAGCAAUACUGAGCCCGCUAUCCUUCAGUCAAUGAGCUUCCGAGUCCCCCAUGAACACUUGCAAGGCUGGAACAUGCUUGGAAGCCAAGGUGCUAUUAACGAAAAUUGCCGCGGCCGGGCUUGUAGAUGUAGAGAUAUAAUUAUGGUUCAUGCCCUGAUUGAUGCUGGAGAUCGACAGGGGGAUUCCAGAUUGCUCACUGAAACUCGAGUACACCAUGACGAACAGCAGCAGCGACGACGAGUACAAGCCUGGCACAAUCCGCCAGGAGAAGUUCGAUGCGACUGUACCUCAUUACGCCGACACUGACGUCGACGGCAUCGAGGAGAAGAGGAUUGUGCGCAAGAUCGACUGGAGACUGUUGCCCAUCCUCGGCGCCCUGUACUCCAUUUCCCUUAUCGACCGCACCAACAUCGCCAAUGCCCGUGUUGCAGGUAUGGGAGCCGACCUGGGGCUCAAUAUCGGCGAUAGAUACACCAUCGCCCUCGUGAUGUUCUUCCCGACAUACUUCCUCUUCGAACUGCCUUCCAAUAUCGUCCUGCGCAAAGUCGGGAGUGCUAAUUGGCUUGCCUUCAUCGCGCUCUCAUGGGGUGCUGUCAUGAUCGGCCAGGGCUUCGUCACGAGCUGGCAGGCACUCACUGCGUGCCGUGCGUUGCUGGGUUUCUUCGAAGCGGGCUUCUUCCCGGGCUGUGUGUACCUGAUUACGUGCUGGUACAAGCGACGUGAGAUGCAGAAACGCCUGGGCGGCUUCUACCUCGUCGCCGUCGGCAUCGGUGGCAUCGCCAACAUCCUCGCCUACGGCAUCAUGCAGAUGGAGGGCGUCGGUGGCAUCCGCGGCUGGCAAUGGAUCUUCAUCCUCGAGGGAAUCCUGACCUGCGUCGUCGCCAUCGGGGCGUGGUUCAUCAUCCUCGACUUCCCGGACAGGGCGGCGAAGCAGGGUUUCCUGAACGAGCGCGAGGCAGCCUUUGUCCUGCGCCGCAUCGAGGAGGAUCGAGGUGAUUCUGAGGCCGAUCCGCUUACGUGGGCCAAGUUCUGCAAGCAUCUCAGCGAUCUGAAGCUGUGGGCUUUCUGCACUCUGUUCAUGAGCACCACCGUGCCUGUGUAUGCUUUCGCCUACUUCACUCCCGUCAUCCUCGUCGGCCUGGGCUACUCUGCCGGCAUCGCAAACGCCCUCUCGGCGCCCCCCGCCGUGCUCGCCAUGAUCACCGCCUUCGGCUUCGCCUGGAUCGGCGACAAGUACCAAGUCCGCGCGCCCAUCAUCGCCGCGCAGAGCAUAAUCUGCCUCAUCGGGCUGAUGAUCGUCGCCUACGCCACCAACGGCGGCGUCCGCUACUUCGGCGUCUUCCUGGGCAUCAUGGGGUCCCAGGGCAACGUGCCAGCCAUUCUGACGUACCAAGCCAACAACAUCCGUAUGCAAAGUAAGCGCAGCACGGCGAGUGCGCUGCAGAUUGGGUUUGGCGCCAUCGGCGGUAUCAUCGCGUCGACGGUGUUCCGCCAGCGCGAUGCGCCGCGCUAUGUUGUCGGGCUAUGGAUUGCUGCUGGGCUGCAGUUUUACACGUUGAUAGUGUUGGCGGUUACGAGUUGGUAUUUCCGCAAGAUGAAUCGCAGGACUGAUGAGCAGGUCGCGAGGGGUGAGGUGCCGGAUGCUAUUGAAGGGCAGAUUGGAUUCAGGUAUACCAUCUGAGUGGCGCGGGUGGAGCGGUGUGUGGUGUGCAGAGAAGUGGAAACUGUGUCGGAUGCGGAAGACGAGAUGGUGGUUUCUGACAGCUCUUUGGCACGAUGCGAGAGGGACAUGUAUUCUUAGGUAGCAGAAAACAACGUCCGCAC